AUGGCGGCAAGAGCAACACAGCCGCUCUAUUCCAUCUUGCGGCGACUGCGUCCCCAAGGGCUCCGCGCAAUCCCCUUUCGGCAGUCCGCCUUCCGCUCUGCAAAGCCCGUCGCUCCCGUCGUCGCCCGCGCAGCGCACUCGAUCCCCAGGCCCUCCCAGAAACCGGUCUACUUGAGCCCCGAAGCCGAAGCGCAGGCAAACGAGUCGGGCGAGGCGCCCGUAAGCGAGGGGCCGCGUCCAAAGGCCAACCCUGCGUACUACCAGCUGUCGUUUACCUGCGUGCCGUGCGGGCAUCGCAGCCACCACAACGUCUCGAAGCAAGGCUACCACACGGGCUCGGUCCUCAUCACUUGUCCUAGUUGUCGAAACCGACACGUAAUCAGCGACCAUUUGAAUAUCUUUGGAGACAGGAAGAUCACAGUCGAAGACUUGGUGCGGGAAAGGGGAGGAUUGGUCAAGAGAGGCAGUCUUGGUGAGGAUGGCGAUGUCGAGUUUUGGCCCGAAGAGACCCGUAGUCGGGCGCAAACAGAGAAGGAGCGAUGA